ACGGACACGGUGACAAGCACAUAUUGAAGCUCUCGGACUCUGAUGGUCACUAGUUUAAUCUCUGCCUGCUUCAUGCAUAUGAUUGGCCUAAACUGAAGGAACUAAUAUAUAGUAGCUGGGAAACUAAUCAGUAUAUGAGAAAGUUUUCCCAGAGACACAGUGUAGAGUCAAUCAAGGACUUUUUAUAGGUUUUCGGAUAUUGAACUUAAAAUGGAGACAAUCCAUCACAUGUUAUGGAACAUGUCUUCUAAAAGAAAAAACACUCCCAUCAAACUCAGUAAAGACGAGAUGUCUAUCGAACAACAAGUAAUGGCGGAGAAGCUCCAUCAGGUGGCAGCACUGGCUGCAAGUGAAAAUGAGGCUCAGAGCCCACAGUACGAGGAGUCCUCGUAUGACAACACAGAACCAAUGAACAAGAAACAAAAACUGUUUGAAGAUUCUGAUGCUAUAAUGAACAAUAACAAUCUCAAAAUGAACGGGCGUAAAUCAAUGGACACGAUUCUACAGAGACUAAGCUCCAAAGCUAGUAGUGACAAUAGCUCUAGAAAUGAAUCGCCUUCUCCCGACAGAAUCUCGGAAACUGUACAGAAGGUUCUAGAAGACAAUACUACUGCUCAAGAUAAAGAAAAACACUUAGAUGAUAUGAUCGUUCAACUCCAGAGUCUAAAAGAAAAACUAUCUACAGAAAAAAACCAGAAUUUGAAUGCAGACAGAAGAUCACCAAGUUGUAGUCCAGACUUGACUAACCAGUCCCGUAGCUCUGCAAAUUCACCCCUUGCCACUCCAUGCUCUACCUCACCAUGUCACUCCCCGCAAUUGCACAUGUCACCACAUACAGCAGCGCCACCUAAUGUCAACUUGUGGAACAACUCAGGGUUACCCAUAAUGCACCAGCAUCACCAGCAGACGGAUGAUGACCAACCGCUCAAUCUCACUAAGCCAAAGUCCAGUAGUGUGGGUAGUCAGCGAGCUGCGUCACAGAUCAUCCAACGCUCACCAGAGACUGAGAACCCACGGGAAAUUGGACAAGAGAAGGCGUUGGCUGCACCCCCUCCAGCUCACAGCAACAGCACCUGGAAGAAGCAGUCUCCAUUGGCAUCACCCCAUGAGAUGGCACGUCAACCUUUCGGAAUUGUUCCACCGUUUUCACCUUACUCAGGAAUGUCACGCGCCACCCCUGCGAUGUCUGUCAAUAACAUGAUGGCCCAUCACAGAAGCCUCUCCCCCAAGCACUCUCCCCCACCCCCCAGUCGACAGGAAACCAAGUCUGGCUUAGAUAAAUUACACGAGAAACUUGUACAAGAGACUAUGGCUCGCCAAGCGGCAGUUAGCUCUGCAGGUGGCGCACUCUUUUAUCCUGGUUUACCACUCCCCAUGUAUGCCAACACCCCAACGAUGGUCCCACAUGGGAUGGGAAUGCCAAUGAUGAGGCCAGAGAAAUCGCAAAUGGAGAUGCCCAAAGAGGAAAGUCAAGAUGGCGGCUACGUGCAACACUUGCAAAGUAGGUUGAUGGAGGAAUCGGCUGGGGAUACAAGUAAAAUGUUUGGUGCUAAGAUUAUUAGGUCCCAGAAAGAAAAGAAUGACCCGAACAAACCUCAUGUGAAGCGACCAAUGAAUGCCUUCAUGGUUUGGGCACGGGAAGAGAGACGCAAGAUUCUCAAGGCCUGCCCCGAUAUGCAUAACUCUAACAUUAGUAAAAUUUUAGGGUCCAUGUGGAGACAAAUGACUGAUGAACAGAAGGCGCCUUUCUUCAAGGAGCAACAUCGAUUGAGUGAAAUACACAAAGAGAAAUGUGCUAAAUGGAAAGCAAUGUCAAAUGCGGAUAAACAGCCAUUCUACGAGGAACAGUCACGGUUGAGUAAGAUCCACAUGGAGAAACACCCUGACUAUAGAUACAGACCUAGGCCAAAGCGCACCAUCUUUGUUAAUGGAAAGAAGAUGAAGCUCCCAGAAUACAAGGCUCUGAUGAAACAGACCCGUAACACUAAUCUGGGUUCUUUCUAUGGGCAGGAGUCACCCAGCUUUGCCCCUACCAGUAUGCCUAGCCAUUCAAAUGGAUCAUCUCCGCCAUCUUUAUUACCCAGCAUGCCAUCUACUUCCCCUAAUCAGUUUAUGGGAAUGGGAGAACCAUCACACCUUGCUGCCCAACACGCAGCAUUUCUCCAGCAACAACACCUUCAGCUUAGAAAUCUUAGACAUGAAGAGGACAUGGCUAAAAGCCGUCCCAAUGACGAUGAUGAGGAUGAUUUAAGUGACUCUAGUGCCGACAAUGUGUCUGAAAAUGUAUUCCCCGAGCCAACCAGAAUGGAGACUGCCUCCUAGAUCUCAAAAUGGCAGAUGUGUCACAUUGAAUACAUCAUUAACCCUUUUGGGCCAAACUUAUCUAUCUAAUCUGAAAUGAUUAAUGAGGGAUUCAUUAAAGUGGACUUGCAAGGGUUAAAAAAUCCUAGACUGAUAAAGUUCAUUAUUUACAUCUGCCAGCCAUCUAUAUUUAAGAAGACAAACCAACCAUGACGGAAACAUUCACUGAACUGUACAUAUAUAUAAUGUGUCUUAUGACUGCUUCCAGUCCAUAGGGGGCUGUAUAUUUAAGACUUGAACUGAGGGCAAAAUCAUGACAAGGUGCUUAUUUAAGUUUAAUGUAUACAAUAUGGCUUCCCUUGUUUGCACAACUUCAGUGUGAAGGCCAUUUGGUUUCCAUGACAACGAACAUAAAUUAUAUGGUAACCAUGACAACGAACAAACAACAGCUGACUGAAUAUGUGUCAAAAAACAAAAAAUUGUAGCUUCAAAAUGUGUAAUAAGCAAUAUUGACUGUAUGGAAGAUUUAGAUUUCUAGUUUGACAAACUCUACAUUUUUAACCCAUUGUGACUCCGUGAGACUCCCUUAUGGAUAGGGGACACCAAAGGGUAAAAUUGAUGUAGAGUAAAUGUACAUGUAUUUAGAUUUCAAGUGUUGUAGUAUGUUAUUAAACAUCUAUUUUAUACUGUACCCUGCUUCCUAAUAAGGUGGUGGCAAUUUAAUGUAAUCACACCAAACUUGUAUAUAAAACUAUAGCUUAACAUUGCAAUUGAUGAAUAGCAAUUCCACAUUGUUGUACAGAAAAGAAGUGGCUGCAAUUUUUUGUUUCUUGAAAAGUAUAAUGCAAUAAAUAUUUGUGUAAUAAUCAGUGUAAUAUUAUCUAUACAAGUGUUUGCCAUAUAUAGCCUUUUGGCUAUACAUGUUUAUCCAAAUAUGGGCAUCGGGUAUUAAAUAUGCCCAUUUAUGGAGCAUGUAAGAAAUCUCAUCGAAGGUGCUUUUAGUACAUAUAAGUAUAUGAAGUUAAGAAUUAUUGGUUUAAAAUGAGAGUUUAGAUUAUCCAGAUGAAAUAAAUUGAUUCUAAAAGAAGUGGAAAUUUUGUAAGUAAUUCAAACAAAAUAAAUGUAAAUAGAGCAACAAAUAGUGUAAUACACAAUGAAAAGUGUAACACACAAAUAACAGUGUAAUACAUAAGUGUAAUCUGCUGGGACUUAGUCAAUAUUGAACCAUGGAGAGAUGUGCAAUAUUUGGUCAAAUCACAAGCCAGGUAAAAUUCACUGCGGUCCUGUUCUUAUUCACUGUGGUCCUAUACUAUUCUUCGCAAAUGAUAUUCUAAUUUAAAGUACAUACGUAUAUCAUUUGAAGUAAAAAACCGAAAUUGACCAAUUCAAGUAAAUUGACUGGUCGAUACUUCAAGAAUAUUUUGUACAUGAAACCCCUUCUACCCUAUCCAACCUACACUGUUUUUGACUGAUAAUUUCUUGUUAGAAUAGAUGUUGGAUUUCGAUCCCAGCAUACCUUGAGUAGCAAGGAAUGUUGGGAAGGAUCAACCUUUAUUGCAUGUUUUUGAAGAAUGUAAUAUUGCUAAAAAUUUGCAAGAACAAUUGAAUAUAUUUUGAAAUGUUUUACAAAUAUUUUUAGUUAGGUCAAGGUGUCAUGACAACCUGUUAUUUUGUUAUUUGUUUGGCAUAAUAGCCAUUUAUAGGCAAACUUACAUUUUGUAUAGGCAAUCUUAUUGUACUAUUUUGUAUAGGCAAAUGUAUUGUACAAUUUUGUAGAGGCAAAUAUAUUGUACCAUUUUGCAUAGGUAAACUUACUGUACUAUAUUAGGUGGAAUGUUGAUUGACUAAAUGAAAUAAAACAGAGAAACAUGAAAUGUGGACAGGCCAGUGGAAAUUUCCAUUGAGGUCCACCUUUUGUGUUUUCCUGUUCCAAAUACUUGUAUAUUGUAAAUAGAAUAUUGAAAAUAGGACCAAUUUUUAUAAGUAUUUGUAGCAUAUGAAAAUGGUUACUUUAUGGGUGACUGAUAUAUAAGAGGGUAUAUGUUUAAUAUAAGUUACUGUGAAUAUGGAAUAUGAAAUGAGUGAUUUAUGAACAAAAAUGAAUUUGAAAUUGUAUAAAUUAAACUAUAAAAUUGAAUAUGUGUUGACUAACAAAUGAAAUCCAUUGCAUAAAUGUGCUCUAAAUUAUUUUCAGUUGUUUUUGAUAAUUGGUUGUUUGAGGAAUGCCAGAGUUUACCUUGCCUUGAGAUAAGUGUUCACAGUAUAAAAGAAAUUUGAGUUUUUUGGAAAAUAAGCAAUUUGUGUUAAGAAACAUUUUGUUUGUUUCCUUCAUAACAGUGUCAUAACAGAAUGCAAUAUUGAUAUGAUUUUAAAUUUUCUCAGGGUUUUAGUUAUCUGUACUUCCUAAUUUACAGUGUGGAAAUAUGAAUGCUUAGUCUCCAACUUUAAACAAAUCUCUUAAUCUUAGAAUAUCCAUAGAAUCAAGGAUACCAAGAAAACCUUACACAAUGAACAAUUUUCUUUACAGACAUGGUGUUAAGAGAUAUUUUCAGCUUGUUUUUUGUUUUUCAAAUGCUUAUCUGUUGUGUGACUUACUGACUUAUGGGACUAGGCUAACUUACAACCAAUAUAAAGUGUGUGACUAUAUACUGUAAAGAAUAUAUUAAGCUAAAAUGGUGCAAAGAAAUAUACGCCAUUCAUAAAUUGUUAAACUAACUUAUGAAGAUGUAAUAAUUUAAUAUUAUAUAAUAUAUAUAUAUAAAACUUGUUUUUGUAAAUCUAAAUGGAGGAAUGUUACUGCGAUGAUGAUAUCAUUGGAUUGAUAUUAUCAGAGUUAAUAUUUGCUCUAUUUUGAUUGGUUGCCCAAAUGUUAUGUUAAAUAGAGUUCGUAGAAGCUUAUACCUGUGGAUACAUAUCUUUAUGUAGGAAUAUUCAUAGAAAUCUAAGUUGAUAAUAAAAGGUUCUUAAAAAUA